UUUAUCUUACACAUUUUGGAUAUUGGAUUUUAGUAUCAUCUACGACCUUGACGGAUGGCUAACCUUGAAGAUUAUGGAGAGGUAUGAUUACCUGCUGAAGUUUCUGAUUAUUGGGAAUGCAGCUACUGGCAAAACAUGUUUGAUGAGAUGGUUCCUUGAGGGGAAGUUUAAACAGGAUUCUUUACACACAAUAGGUGUUGAGUUUGGAACAAAAGUGCUUAGAGUUGACUCAAAGUCUGUAAAGUUACAGAUAUGGGAUACGGCUGGUCAGGAGAGAUUUCAGUGUAUCACACGCUCAUAUUAUCGAGGUGCAGCCUGUGCGCUGGUAGUUUACGAUAUCACUGACCGAGAAUCAUUUAACGCAAUUAAUUCAUGGAUUUCUUCUGUUAGAGAUUUAGCUCUUCCAAACCUGACAGUUAUACUGAUAGGAAACAAAGUUGAUUUGGAAGCGAACUUACGUGAGGUCACUGAAUUAGAAGGGAAACAGUGUGCCAUUGAUAAUGGAGCUUAUACAUUUUUGGAAACAUCAGCUAAAAAUGGUUCGAACGUUUUGGAUGCAUUUACCGCUGCUGUUCGAAGUGUUCUAGAACAAAUUCAAAAUGGUUCUAACCCAAACCAAAUGUCCUAUCCAGUUGGAAUUGGUCCUGCUCACUUAACUUUUCCUGGUUCAAACGAAUCUGUUAACAGUACAAAGUCAUCUAAGCUAUGUUGUCGUUCUUAGUGUUUGUUCAUUUUUGCAUCACAGUUGUCUUUUACUUUUACACAUAAAGAUUUUUGGGGAUGUAUGGUAUUCUCAACAUACAAAUCAUUAUGUCUGUGAUAAAUUAUUGAUUUUCAUGUUUAUAUAAAUCAUUUCUAUAUUUCAUAAGCAUAUAUACGUUCAACUGUAGAUAGGUGAUCAGUCUACUGUUCAGUUUAUUUUAAAUGUUAGUUUCUUCUUUUUUUUUUUAAAAAAAAAGAGAAUUAUACAAUUUCCUUUUCUUCUUUUUUUUGGUGACGGGGGGUGGGGAAUCAAUUGACAUCUGUUCAUUCAUCACAAUUCAACCCCCCCUUCUUUUUUUAAAAGAUUGUUCUUUCACGUUGUUCAAGAAAUUUCUCUCCAAUAAUUGAUUCAUUGAUUAUUGUUUUCUUUUUUUUGUUUGAAAUAAAAAAAAGUUUUUUCAUUUUCUUUUAUUUUUUUUCUUCAUUUUUUGUUUUUGUUUGUUUUUUAUAUUCUGAGAUAUUUUGAGUUGAUAAGAUUGUUGUUAUUGUUAUUGUUGUUGGUGUUAUCAUGGUGAUAUAUAUAUAGUUAUAAUGCCUUCCAAUUAAUAUACUAUUUUCAACUAAUAUCCCUUUUGAAAUGUUAAUAUUUUCGUAUUAUUUGUAUUAAUCUGUAUUGGGAACUAUACUAUUUAAUCAUGAUCAGCCAAAAAUAGGAUUUUAAUAAUCUCUA